AUGCUCACCAGCUUCAUUCUCGUCGCCCUGACGGGCCUCACGAUUGCCAACCCGCUCGAUUUGCAACCCCGAAAAGACGUCAAGGGAGAUCACUUUGAUCUUUGCAGCUUCUUGGGAUGCGACACGCCGCCCACUGUCACCAGAACAUUGGUAUACACCAUUACAUCUACUGCCAUAUCUUCAGCCACAGCCGCAGCAACAGCAACUGUAACCACCACUCUAGACUGCUCGUCAUCUGCAACUAAUACGCUCGAGACUACUACUGCAACAUCUGACUUUACCUCUACUGAAACCCCGGCUACUACAGCGACUUCAACUGAUACCGCGGCUCCGUCUGAUACUACCUCUACCGACACGGUGACUUUGCCCGAAACUACAGCUCCCACCACGACAAAAGCCCCGACUAAUAUCACUGCGUCGACUGACACAACUUUGGCCGACACCACACCUGCUCCCACGACUCUGACUGUUACUUUGACUGCUGUCAAUAGCUCAAUCGGUGUCACUACUUUGACCGGUGCCAUCACCUCGGCUGACAUCACCGUUCCGGCUGACACCACUUCAACUGGUGCCACAACUUUGACCAACACAACCACUUCAAGCGACAUCUCCAUCCCAGCUGGCACGGCUUCAACAACUGAUGCCACCACUUCAACUGACGCAACUACUUCAACCAAAGCCGCAACUUCAGACACCACCACAGCGGAAGCCACAGACACCACAACACCCCCAGCAACCCCAACAAUAGCCGCCAGCACAUCAUCAUCACCAUCAUCAACCACGGGCCGCCUAUCCCCCCUAUCCACACUAGUCCCCUUCAACUGCUCCGCAGACGCCUACUUCAUCCGGGACCGCACCCUCCUCAGCGUCAACCUCCAAACGGGCGAGAAAACCACCCUCUCCUCCAGGCUCGGCGGCUCCUCCGCCAGAGUCAACGCCAUAGGGUUCAACCCGCUCGACAGCUUCGUCUACGGGCUCCGGGGCGAGGAGGUGGUCCGGGUCGGGCACGACGGGGCCCUGCAGACGGUGCUCAAAGGCGACAUGGCCGCCAACGCAGGCGACGUCGACGCCGACGGCCAGUUCUACUACAGCGCGGGCGGGAGGGCCUGGGCCCGGGUCGACCUGAAGCCCGGGUCCGCGCGGUACGGGCAGGUCGUGGCCAGGGGCACGUCGGACUCGAGCGCCCUGCCGGGGGGCCUGGCGGCCGCGGACUGGGCCUUCACGCCCGCCGCGCCGGGCUACCUGCACAGCGUGGCCGUCGACGCCGACGGCAUCGUGUACCUGGUCAGGUGGGACGUGGGCUCGCACCGGUGGGAGGUGAGGCACAAGGGCUUGCCGAGCUUCGGCAUCCGGGGCAGCGUGUUUGGCGCCGUCGUGGCCACGAGCGACGGCGUCCUGUACGCCUCGCACAAUCGGAGCGGUGCCGUCUUGAGGAUCCCGCUCGAUUACCCCGAGGGGACGAGGGAGGUGAAGGUGCUGGUGCCCAGGGCGGGCUUCAGCGACGGCUGUAGGUGUGCUUUGAGGCCGGAUGUAGCGGUUUAG